AUGAAGUCCCUUUCUCUGUGCUGUGCUGUGCUUGUGCUUGUGCUUGGAGGACUACCAUUCUCCAUAGAAGCACAGCUUAGUCCAUCUUUUUACAGCAAAACAUGUCCAAAUGUUAGCUCUAUUGUGACCCAAAUUCUAACAAAUGUUUCUAAGACUGAUCCUCGUAUGCUUGCUAGUCUCGUCAGGCUUCACUUUCAUGACUGCUUUGUUCAAGGCUGUGAUGCAUCGGUUUUGCUGAACAACACCGCUACAAUCGUAAGCGAACAACAAGCAUUUCCAAAUAACAAUUCUUUAAGAGGCUUAGAUGUUGUAAAUCAGAUCAAAACAGCCAUAGAAAAAGCUUGUCCCAACACUGUUUCUUGUGCUGAUAUUCUUGCACUUUCUGCUCAAGCUUCUUCUGUUCUCGCACAAGGUCCUAGUUGGACAGUUCCUUUAGGAAGAAGAGAUAGUUUAACUGCAAACCGCACGCUUGCGAAUCAAAAUCUUCCAGCUCCUUUCAACACAUUGGUUCAACUUAAAGCUGCAUUUACUGCUCAAGGACUCAAUACUACUGAUCUAGUUGCUCUCUCCGGUGCUCAUACAUUCGGAAGAGCUCAUUGCUCGUUAUUCGUUAGCCGAUUAUACAACUUCAGCAAUACUGGAAAACCCGAUCCAUCUCUUAACACAACGUACUUAACACAAUUGCGCACCAUAUGUCCCAACGGUGGACCUGGCACGAACCUUACCAAUUUUGAUCCAACGACUUCUGAUAAAUUCGACAAAAACUAUUACUCGAAUCUUCAGGUUAAAAAUGGCUUACUCCAAAGUGAUCAAGAGUUGUUCUCAACAUCUGGUGCAGAUACUAUUAGCAUUGUCAACAAAUUCAGUGCAAAUCAAAGCGCUUUCUUUGAGAGCUUUAAGGCUGCAAUAAUCAAAAUGGGCAAUAUUGGUGUGUUAACUGGGAGCCAAGGAGAAAUUAGAAAACAAUGCAACUUUGUUAAUUCAAAAUCAGCAGAACUCGAUAUAGACAUUAUAGAGUCUAUUGAUUCAUCAGAGGAGGAUGGGAUUGUUAGCUCAAUAUGA